AUGAGCAUUACAUGCGUGCCUCUGCAAGUACUACCGGGCCAGCCUGCAACAGAUUUCCACUACGAACAUAUACCGGAUAACCUGACUUGCUGUGGUCCCUUGACGAUCCCUUACCCCCAGCUUCAGGAGCAAGACCCUCAACUGGAUUCUUGGCUGCUUCAAAGACGCACGGUAUUAGUGAAUCUUGGCAGUCAUAUCAAGCUGAGUGUGCAAAACGCUAUUCAUCUUGCAAAAGCGCUCCAAGUGACCCUGGAGCGCCACUCCGAUGCCCAGGUGUUGUGGAAGCUCAACUGCACGGCGGAAGGAUUGUCAGAAGCGAGGGUCUACUUUACAGAACGAAAUAAACCAAGACAGAGCGCGCAUAAGCGCGGGGGCUAG